AUGCCUGAGAAAGGGCCAAACGAGGCGGAGCGGUUGGGUACACUAGAGCAGAGAGGCAAAGAUGCUCCGAAUGAAGUCAAGUGUAUCAAGCAAGCAAGCAUCUGGUCAAGAACCAGACAGGAUGGACAAAAAAGGAAAAACAAUAACCAUCACUUGCUGAUUGACAUCUUUAAUCUCGGCGCUGCGUCCAGUCAGGCCGAAGAGUGGAAGCUCGCCCUGCAUCCGGAUUGGACUCCUGGUAGGAGGGUGGAGCAAGAAAUAUGCAGAGAAACCGCAGGGAAUAUGGGAUGGAGGUUCACACACAUCUUGCUCCAUCAUACUCAAAAAGAAAAGAAAAAAGGAAAAGAAAAGAAACAAGAAGAGAAGAAGGCAGUUUUUGGAAAAGAAACGUAA